UGAAAGUUGGACGCAAAACAAAACAAACCAUAAAAAUGUGCCACAAAUUAGGAUUCAUUUUGCUCGCGUCCAUCGUGGGCGCCAUUUGGGCCCAAGAGCAGCCGUACUAUCUGCAGCAGUGUCCGCGGGAUGAGGCUCAGAUCAACGAGUGUCUGCGGGACAGUGGCAACAAGCUGGUCCACUACCUCCAGAAGGGCGUGCCCGAGUUGGACAUCUACGAGAUCGAGCCCGUGAUGAUCGAUGAGAUCGGCAUUGUCUUGGGAAGCGGUCCGGAUGGCUAUCGUGCUCUAUUCCGCAACAUCCAGGCCUAUGGAGUGAGCAACAUAACUGUCACAAAUAUCCGCUCCGACUUGGACUCACUGCAGUUCCAGCUGACGUGCGAGAUACCCCGCAUACGCGUCAAGGCUCAGUACCGAUCCACAGGUGUUCUGAUCUUGGUGAAGGCCUCCGGUGCCGGCGACUACUGGGGCGAGUAUGAGGGCGUAAAGGCCAAGAUCUACUUCAAGGCGGUGGCCAAUGAGGGAGCCGAUGGCCGCACUUACUUGACCACCGAUUCGGUGAAGAUGGACUUCAAUGUGAAGGAUAUUCAGAUGGGUGUCGAUAACAUUGCCAAUGGCAAUUCAGUCAUACAGGCUGCUCUCAAUCUGUUCAUCAACUCGAACUCUCAGGAGCUCCUCAAGGAAAUGAAGCCGGCGCUUAGGACAAAGCUCACUCUGGUCAUCAGGAACUUUAUGGAUCGCAUAUUCGCCAAAAUCCCCCUGGAUGAAUGGAUCAACUUAAACUAGUUCUCCCCAAGACCCAUCCCUAAGAUCCUGUUCUACUUCUAAGUUCUAAUUUAUUGCACAGAGUUCAAGCUAAAUAAACAAACAAAAAACUGUACGAAAAA